AUGACGCGCCGCGGAGGCCGUCGGCGCUCUCGCUCUUGCGGGCCGUUGCGCGCCGCCAGGCCGGCGCCAUUCCGCGACCCGGGCGCCAUGCACCCGCCCACGCUGCGCGCCCUCCUCAGGGCCACGUUCCUGCUGCUGUUGAUGGGCCAAGGGGACUCCGACGCAAAGCACCUCGCGCGCCGCAGGCGAUACAUCGUGUUUCCUGAAGGCGCUUCUUUGCAGUUGGUGUUCGAAAUGGCGGUGCCCACAGUCAACCUACGACCUCGCCCUUUCAUCAUGUCGUGGACGAUCGGCACGGCGUGGGAGCUACCCGGGGACGCCAGCCAAAUCGUGGAAAAGUUCAAACUCCCGAAAAUGAAGGAACCUCCCCCGCCUCCGCCAACCACCAUGCCACCAGACUAUCACUUCCACCACCACGACUGGGACUACCACGACAAUCUGGCGAUGGGCCCACCUACUCAAAUGGAGUACACGAAAAAGCAGAAAGGAGCGGACAGCAAAGUGUACUACGAGACGUACACAAAGAAAAAACCCUACUCGUACAAAGGAUAUUACUACAAGGGCUACCCGGGUUACUCGUCGCCGCAUGAAGUGCGACUACACCGUCGUCACCGAAGAGAUGCUUUUCUGACGAUGGAGUCAGUGCUGCUCUCGUGA